AUGAACGUUGACGCUGAGUCGUCUUCCUCUGUGCACGUCAAGCCUGCUGAUGACUUCGCUCGUGGUGAUACUCCUUCCCCUGGCCCAUUCGUCAAACCUCUUGAUAGUACCGAUCUCGAAACCAAGGAGCGCUUCAUCUUUCGCGGCUGGCCUCGCGAUCCCAAGGGCAAAAUGAUCACAUACUCAGCUAACUUCACCGGCGGAAAAAUAGCCGGAAAAGGCGGCUUCACUCUUUGGGGUGCUACUCUCUAUGACUUCUAUCGUGUGUCUCCCUUUCCUUCCCAGCCAAACUACGUGUGGACUACGACGGGUAGCCGUCUGGUCGAGUGGGCGAAGGAGUCUGGCGAGACGGAGUUCGCCAAGGACGAGAUCGCGUGGGCUGAGCAGGAGCCGGAACCGAAGAAGAGAGUGCCAUGUGACGUACUCGAGUUGGCGAAGGAUAUGGAUACGAGAGUACGUAUGGGAACAUACAACGGGGCUCAGUACCCAAAACCGUGGCCCUUGACGCCAUUCGCCUAUUCCGCUCCUCUUCUCCAAGAGCGUAUCCCGUACUACAUCCUGCCGGAGAAACUGGUCGUUCACGACCCG